AUGGCUGGGCUUGUUGGGUAUGCAAGCUCUGAUGAAGAAGGAGAAGACGAGCAACCUCAAUUGCAACAGGAUUCCCCUCAGGUAUUUAAACAUUCCGGGCUUAAAGAUUCUGACAGCCAACCGCAGCCAACCACCAUCGGCCCCGUGCCGCAAAAUGCUGUUCCUUUAGGCCCAUCCCUUCCACCCGCCGAUGCGGCCAUCGCCAACACCCUUCCAGAGCCCGAUGGGCCACAAGAAUCACCUUCAUCCCCUUAUUCAUCCAACCGCGGCUUAAUUCACGAUCUCACCCUCCCCUCUGUACCCAAUCUCGACAUCCCGCCUUCGCCGCCGGGAUCCCCACCCCCUGGAUCCAACAAAAAAGUCGAACAAUUUUUAGAACUCAAAAAGAAAGGCGUCCACUUCAACUCCAAACUUGAACAGUCCACAGCACUUAGGAACCCAUCUUUAAUGGAUAAGCUACUAGACUUUGUCGGUAUCGAUGAGGUGGGUCAGUAUGAGACGACCCUUCCGAAGGAGCUGUGGGAUCCAAGGGGACUUCCAGACUGGGCAUUUAGAGACAAGCUCAGCAAAAGCAGAGAGAAGAUUGCAAAGGAGAAGGAGGCGGACAGAGCUGCUGGCGGUCGAACAGCCAUCGACUUUGUUCCAUCGAAUGCUUCAUCAAGCGGAGGAGCGCAAGGCUUACCAGGAGGAAUGAGCGCAAGAGGCGAGAAGCGUAAGGGUGGUUGGAAAUAAUGAUUACGAACAAUACAUGAACGAAUUUGGAUACGAGUCGGUCGGCAGAGUAGAUUUGGCUCAACAUUAAUGGAUGAAUUGCGCGCCCAUGGGCCGCCCCUACACCACCUUGGGAAAAAAAAUACAAACAUUUACAAGGAGGUAUCAUGAAUCAGAAUGCACCGUGACUGAGGCUUCAUAACACAUCUUCUUGUUCGUUCCCAUCCCUUAAAUGAAAAGAUCACUCAAUGAGUGAAAUGGUAUAAGUACCCCUGCACCAGGACACGCAACAGCAAGCAUCUUCCACGGGAAAGAAGAAAUAUUUUUGCACCGCCCGACAGAAACUGAAAAUCAAAGAUCCCUCCUUCCCCUAGUACCAUCUACGGACGCAAUUAUAAGAUAGAAUAAAAAGGUUGUCAU